AUCGCCUUCUCGUUUCUAAUGUCUUGACCACAUCCAUUAAACAUAUAACUCCCUAUAUAGCUCACCCUAGUGAAUCGAAUGUUACACCCAGGAGAGCUGCAUCUCAGUGAAAUCUCAGAUGUCGCUCACUCAAGCCCAAAAAGUGCGGGCCCUUUCGCUUUAUCGGCGUCUACUCAAAGCUGGCCAGACCACGUUCGCUGGGGACCAGCGGGUCAUUUCAGCCUGGCAAGACAAGAUCAAGACCUCCUUCAAGGGACCUCAGCAACUCGCCAGCGAUGGGGCUAAGGCUGUGGAAGCCAAGCUACAGGAGUGGGAGGAUGUCAUUAUGCUGCUGAGGCGGAACGUUGUGCAAGGAACAAUGCACCCCGAGACUGGCGCUUACAGCUUGCGAUUCACAGCAGACACCGAGCUUGGAUCAAAUGAAUCGGUAAAGCAGGCACGUAAGCAGCAAUUAGAGUCUCUGGCGACUAGCAAGGGCCCGUCGUGCCGAAGCUCCCAGACCCGAGCAUUCAGUCACGCAUCGCCAGCUCAACUGCUUUCCGCGUCUUCUCGAGCGCUGGACUUCUCCACAUCCUCACGUCAUGCGUUACCGCAACAGCGAACGUUCAGCUCGAGCAGGCUGUAUGCGGCUAAGGCUUCUUCAAGCUCUGUCCCCUCGCCUGUCCCUCACUUCCCAACAACGAUGAUUCUCUCGGACGGUUCAUCGAUUCAGAUGCACACCACCUCGCCACGACAUGUCACUCGUCUGACACGUGACGUCACCAACCACCCGCUGUGGAACCCUGCGUCGGAGAAGCGUGGUAAUGGCCAGGGCGAUGGGUCCGAGGCGGAAGUCGGCAGGCUCGGUCGCUUUAGGCGACGCUUCGCAGAGGAGGCUAUCCCUGCAUCAUUGCCAUCGUCUGGCGCAAGGUCUGGCAGCGCACAGGCAGCCGAUGGGCGGUUCGGGGAAGAAGACUUGGCAUGGAUGAGCGUGGGUGGCAGGCAAGCGCGAGCCGGGACACCGAUCUCGAAAUCGAAGGCCAAGGGCAAGAAAUGAGUGGCACAGAGCCCCUUGUAUGCAGUUGUAUCUUCGUGCAAUGCCUUUGUUUCUUCUUGCAAUACCUUUCAUGCUCCUAUUUGCACGCAUCAGGUCUGUCUCCAGGACCUGG